AUGCGGGUUGUCCUCAGAGUCCAGCGUCACUGGCGAGUGGUGACAGCCAGAAAGCGCUUUGCAAACCAGGCGGCGGUCUCCUACACUGGCUCUACUGCCAACAAACAGACCUUCUUGCUACAUUGGCAGGCCAAGUACAUCAUUGCCAAUAACUUGCCGGCCAACGAUUCACACUGGGACUCAGACGAUCCUGGAUGGUUGGGCAAAGCGUCCAUGUCGAAACGUCAUCGUUUUUUGAUUCGAAGAAAUCUUCACUGGCGCUGGUUCAACGCUUUAGUUUUCGGUAUGCUGGAUGACAACGAGAUGGUCUAUCCGGAGUGCCAUUGCUGCCCUGAUGCCUUGUCCGAAAUCAGGAUGAUGAAGGAAGCAGCAUUGACCUGGGUCAAGGGUGUUCGAGAAGUGGAAGGAUGGUCUGAGAACGUGGGGCUUUUCUUUCACGUCUACGGUCACAAUAGUGUGAACAGUCUGCAUAUGCACGUGGUGGAUUUGGACUUUGUGGGCCCGAGCUUUCACUGCCAAGAGUUCAAGAAUCUGUCGGUAGAUCAUGUGAUCCAAGUCUUGGAGGAGGACCGAACGGGAUUCCCAUCCAUUUCCCGACUGCACCGGUUCCCAGCAUUCCUCGGAUUCUUUCACGAUGAAACUUCAACAAAACCCCCCGAAAGAUCAGGACGCAGGAUUUGGAGUUCACAUUGGCACUGCUCAUCAGCAUCAUCGUCGUCAUCAUCACUGAUCACUGAUCAUCACUGA